UACCGUUCAAAACACUGUCAGUUGCUUAGCGGAGUAGACGUGAAAGUAAUUCGUUCCUGGGAAAGUUAGUGAAAAACGCCAAGUGGACCGGAUUCGAACAAUUCUGAGCUGCGACCAGUAAAGUUUUCCCGAGUUUUUCCAAUUGCCCGAAAUCGAAGUGAAUUGCGCGCUUCAGUUCCAGCCCCGAUUUUCGCAAGGUCUUUUGUGCGUUCGUCCGCCCCCAAUCGUGUUUUUUUGUUGUUGUUUGUGGAAAAGUCGCGAGUUUUCCGCGCUAUUUGGCUGCCCCGCGAGAACGGUUGUUCCUGAAACUGUGAGAACUUGAAUCAGUUGUGCUUCUUGGACGGGUCGUGCGCGUGCCAGAACAACGGAAACAUGAAUCUAUCGUUUGCGGGCUGCGGCUUCCUCGGCAUCUACCAUGUCGGGGUUGCGGUUUGCUUCAAGAAGUACGCGCCACACUUGCUCCUGGACAAGAUCAGCGGAGCUUCGGCCGGCUCUUUGGCGGCCGCCUGUUUGCUUUGCGAUUUGCCGCUCGGUGAAAUGACAUCAGAUUUCUUCCGUGUUGUAAACGAAGCUCGUCGACAUUCACUUGGACCCUUUAGUCCAUCAUUCAGCAUUCAAACUUGCCUUCUAGAAGGUCUUCAAAAGCAUCUUCCACUUGAUGCUCACAAACGAGUCAAUGGACGUCUUCACAUCUCCUUGACUCGUGUCUAUGACGGUAAAAAUGUCAUCGUCUCACAAUUCACAAGUCGUGAAGAUGUCCUUCAAGCCUUACUAUGUGCUUGCUUCAUACCAGGAUUCUCAGGAAUUUUACCACCACGAUUCCGUGGCGUUCGUUACAUGGAUGGUGCCUUUUCUGAUAAUCUACCAGUUCUCGAUGAGAAUACAGUCACUGUAUCACCUUUCUGUGGUGAAAGUGAUAUAUGUCCUCGCGAUCAAAGCUCACAACUAUUUCAUGUUAACUGGGCGAAUACUAGUAUCGAAAUUUCCAAGCAGAAUAUUAAUCGGUUUGUGAAGAUUCUGUUCCCGCCACGAGCGGAUUUCCUAUCGAAAAUGUGCCAACAAGGAUUCGAUGAUGCUCUUCAAUAUUUGCAACGAAACAACUUAAUCAAUUGCAACCGAUGCAUUGCGGUGCAAUCAACGUUUAUUGUAUCUGAAACAUUGCCACAACAACAGGCCCAGCAGAAAUUGAAGCAGAUUGAAACCAACGGAGAGCAGGAGCAUAUUGAUGCUGAAGAUGAUUAUGAUCCAGAAUGUGUGGAAUGCAAGAGACAUCGCAGGGAUGCAAUGAGUGGAAAUUUACCAGAAACAGUAAUGACUGUCAUUCAAGGAUAUCUGGACUCGGCCAACAAAGGACUUGCCAAUUGGCUAUUCAAGCACAGAAGCAUCAAACUUCUCUCUCUUCCAGCAACAGUUCCAGUUGAUUUCCUCUGUGCCACAAUCACAAAAAUUUCCAUCCUUGCUCCGGCAAUCAGUCAACAAUUGAGACAACUGAUGAAAGUGUUGAUAUACGAGUUAAACGAUGUUAUUCAAUCGCGACUACGAACAUUAGCCAAGGUUCGUUCCGACAUUAUACAAUUCGAUAAUACUCGUCGAGCAUUUUUCAUUUCAAAUCAUAAAUCACAAUCGCGACUCUCAUUGCUGGGCGAUGAUGAUCAGGUGCGUUUAAUUGCUUCCCAUAAUCAGUUGACUGAUGCCGACACAUUUGAACAAGUUCUGAAAAUGACCCAAGAGAACGAUACUGUUGUUGCUUUAUAUUAUAUGGAUUCAGAGGAGAUGAUGCCCAAAGUAUAUGAUGUAUCCAGCGAUGAUAUAUUCCCAAUUGAAGCGACAUCAAAUGUUGAUAAUUACUGCCCGCCACGAUCGUUGUCAGAAUCCGAUCUCACCCAUGACAAGAGCACCAUCGAAAUACCCGACAAUGACCUAGAACUCAGCGAUAUUUCCGAUCGCCAGAUCGAAAGUGUUCUCAGCGACUACAGCGAAACUGAGGAUGAUCAUUACGCCCAACAGCCAGUCUACGAAACCAUCGAAUCACCACAAACGGAUCACCUAACAACCAUCACAGUGGAGAAAUAAUUUAGUAAUUAUCAACCGAAACUCAUCAAACUUUCUAUUUAGUUACUCAUCUAAACACAAAUUUUAAGAUUUCUAACUUUAAGAGCAUUUGCGUUUUUAAUCUAAGCAGAUCAUGUACGCUUUGUUAUUUCAAGAUUCAAGAAACAUAUUAUCUUUAUAAUCGAACGUUACCAUUUUAUGUGAAAAUGUUUAUGUCCUGAUAAGCAUUUAACUUAAAAAAACAAACUUGAAAGGCGAAACAAUCUGAAAGUUAAACAAAUCACACACACACGCAUACACAAAUAGUACCUUAACCUUCAUGUGAGAGGACAUAAGCACCGUAUGUCUUCUUGAGUAUUGAUGCUAUCGUUUUUUACAUACAUCGUUACAUGUACAUAGAUAUAGUCCUCAACUGGAAAGUGACAAAAAAACAAAAAAACAUUAUAUAUUUUGUGACAAUAGAAAUGACCUUUCUACUCCUUUGUAAAAUGGAACAAACGAGCAUUCGUGAAAUCCAAACAGUUAGAAAUGAUAAAAUGUAUGUAUGUAAAUGUAGUAGAUAAGUAAGUAGUUAAUGGAACGAAUGGCUGUGCUAAAGCGAAAUAUGUUUCAUUGGAUUAUUAUUGAUGUUCUCUUCCAUUUUGGAAUGUUUGCUUUAAGAUAUUCAUACAUUUAAUUAUUACUGACUAUCCAUGAAUUUUAUUGAGGAACAAGAACAAAGUAUAUUUUAUUUAUAUUUUAUUGAAGCGGAAAACGUGCUUUGGUUAUUAUUUUUUUAUAUCUUAUUUUGUUAUUGUUUUAUGUUUUGAGGAUAACUGUAAAAUAUAGAAAAAUAAUAUUGUCGA